GGGAAUACGCUAUGAAAACAAACAACGUAUUUUAUCAGAGAAAUAUUCUCAACUUGUGAAUGAAAUUUAUUAUAUUCAUAUCUGCCCGUAUUCAUGUUCUAUAAAACUGAGAUGUUAUAUAUUUAAUGCCUUGAAUUAUUCGACCAAUGAUAUCUGUAGGUAGAUAUGCGAAACGUUAAUUUAUCAGAUGAUAACAGUCAAUCAAUAUAGAUAUUACCUACGUCUGAAUCAGUGAACGCGGUAUAUCUUGUGCUGAGUGAAUAUAAAAUACAAAAAUUUAAUACGCUGUGACUCAAAUAUUUUGCUAAAAUGGUGGACUAUAAAAACGGUCGGUCGAAAAACAGUUAUAAAGUUAAUGAUUUGUCAAAAGUAGAAUUCACGGAAGCUCGUAAAAAAGAUGGAAAGAGUAGUACCACUGAUUCAGAACCAGAGCCACCUCCGGAGAUACCCAGUAUAUCAUUCAUCACUCUGUUUCGCUUCGCAUCGACCACGGAUAAGAUUUACAUAUUUUUCGGCAUCAUAUUUUCAAUGAUAUCGGGUGCCAUGACACCAGUAAAUACAUUGCUUUUCUCAUCUUUACUCCAAAGCAUGGUUAACUUCGGUAUAUCGGCCAUCGUAGGCCAACCAGAUGGAGACACGUUUUUAGCAGCAGUUCAGAACUUUGCUAUAUGGAACAGCGUGGUUGGGGUUGUGUUAGUAAUUCUGUCAUACGGCGCUACCGUAUUGAUGAAUUAUUCGGCAUUCAAUCAGGUAUAUAAAAUACGCCAAGAAUAUUUAAAAGCAGCACUAAACCAAGAUUUUGAAUACUUCGAUACACAUCAAACUGGCGACUUUGCAUCUAAAAUGACAGAUGAUGUCGUGAAAUUGGAAGACGGAAUUGGAGAGAAAUUGGGAACCUUCAUUUAUUAUCAGGCAGCUUUCGUUAGUUCGAUAAUAAUGGCUUUAGUGAAGGGGUGGAAGCUCGCUCUAUUAUGUUUGGUUUCAUUCCCCGUGACCUUAAGCUUAGUGGGGGCUGCUGGAAUAGUAGCAUCGAAACUAUCUAAGAAAGAGGCAGUUGCCGCCGGCAAAGCUGGCGCCAUAGCUGAAGAAGUGAUAUCCGCCGUACGUACUGUAUACGCGUUCAGUGGACAGCGCCAAGAAAUUGAUCGAUACGAUAAACAUCUUAUUGACGUCAGGAAAAUUAAUAUCAAAAAGGGUUUUUUCAAUGGAAUGGCGAUGGGGACGUUGUUCUUCUGUAUAUUUAGUUCGUAUGCGAUGUCUUUUUGGUUCGGAUAUUCCUUUAUGGUCAAUGAGCCAGAAAACUACGACGUAGAUACAAUGGUUGCUGUUUUCUUCGGUGUCAUGAUGGGUUCAGCUAACUUCGGAAUUUCCUCAACUUUGAUGGAAGUAUUUGGUGUAGCCCGAGGCGCUGGUGCUCAAAUCUUCAAUCUAAUUGACAACGUUCCAUACAUUAACCCAUUGUUGGACCGUGGUACAGUACCACAGAAUAUUGAGGGGGAUAUUGAGCUAAAAGAUGUCGUAUUCCACUAUCCCUCAAGACCUGAUGUACCGGUCUUAAAAGGAGUUUCAUUAAAAGUAAAACGUGGUCAGUCAGUGGCAUUAGUCGGUCACUCAGGUUGUGGCAAGUCUACUAUCAUCCAACUCAUAUCAAGAUACUAUGAUACCGUUGAUGGAAGUGUACGUAUUGAUGGAAACGAUGUGCGCAACCUAUCAGUGCGUUGGUUGCGUCAACAAAUUGGUCUAGUUGGCCAGGAGCCUGUGCUUUUUAAUACGACUGUGAAAGAAAACAUCCGCUUUGGAAGAGAAGACGCUACCGACCAAGAAAUCGAACAUGUAGCAAAACAAGCCAACGCACACGACUUUAUUAUGAAACUACCCUCCGGUUACAACACACUUGUCGGCGAGCGCGGCGCGUCGCUGUCCGGCGGGCAGAAGCAGCGCAUCGCGAUCGCGCGCGCGCUCGUGCGCAACCCGCACAUUCUGCUGCUGGACGAAGCGACCAGCGCACUCGACACCUCCUCCGAGGCCAAAGUGCAACGAGCCCUCGAUAAGGCUGCUGAAGGACGAACAACAAUAGUUGUCGCGCACAGACUGACAACAAUCAGAAAUGUAGAUAAGAUAUACGUUUUCAAAAGUGGCACUGUAAUAGAAUGUGGUAACCAUAAGGAGUUAAUGGCCCAAAAGGGCCAUUAUUACGACAUGGUCAUGUUACAGAACUCUCCAGACUUGAUUGAGACAGACCAGGAAGGUAAUGUUUUAACUCGAACUGCAUCUGUAGUCAGCGAAACUGAUGAAGACAAUGAAAUGGAUAACAGAAUGCAAGAACCGGUUGUAGAAACAAUUGGACCGAACGUCACUUUCUGGGAUGUUGUAAAACUGAAUAAGCCCGAAUGGAAGUCGAUAAUAUCUGCAAGUGCCGCAUCUGUACUGAGUGGAUUUGCAAUGCCCCUACUCGGUGUCAUACUUGGUGACUUUAUUGGUGUUCUAGCUAAUCCAGAUGAGGAUUACGUAAGAUCAGAAGUACGAAAAUAUGCUCUCAUUUUUGUUGGCGUCGGCGUCGCAUCUGGCAUAGCUAACUUCAUUACGGUGUCAAUGUACGCUGUAGCUGGAGAACACUUAACUCAGCGUUUGCGAAAACUUAUGUUUGAAAAAGUCCUCCAUCAGGAAAUAGCAUUCUUUGACGAUAAAAGCAAUUCCACAGGCGCCUUGUGUGCUCGGCUUUCGGGAGAAGCAGCUGCGGUCCAAGGGGCAACGGGUCAAAGAAUAGGCACGGUAUUACAAGCUCUGGGUACAUUCAGUUUCGCUCUGGGUGUAUCUUUGUUUUACGAAUGGCGAAUGGGUCUCGUAGCUUUAACGUUCGUUCCAAUCUUGGCCGCUGUACUUUACAAAGAGGGAAAAAUAGUCAGCGAACAAUCAUUCGGUACGGCUAAAACUAUGGAAGCGAGUUCUAAGAUUGCCGUAGAGGCCGUGGCGAACGUACGCACGGUGGCGUCGCUGGGUAGAGAGCAACAAUUCUUGCAGGACUACGCCGCGCAGCUGCUCCCCGCGCUGCUCGUCGCCAAGCGCGUCGCCCACUGGCGCGGCAUUGUGUUUGGUCUCUCUAGAGGCCUGUUCAACUUCAUAUACGCUGGAACUCUGUACUACGGCGGCACGCUGAUGGUGUACGAUGGUGUGGACUAUGGUGUAAUAUUGAAGUCUGCACAAGCAUUGCUCAUGGGUUCCGCCUCAGCUACACAAGCGUUUGCUUUUGCGCCAAAUUUCCAGAAAGGAAUUAAAGCUGCAAGACGUGUUAUGAUCCUCUUGGACCGGGAAUCUAAGAUCCAAGAUCCACAAAAACCUGCUGUGGAAAAUUUCAGAGGCACUGGAGAGGCUAGCCUACAAAAUGUUAGCUUCAGGUAUCCAACGCGACCGCUCAUAGAGGUCUUGAGUAGUUUGGAUCUGGAAAUAGAAAAUGGAAAAACAGUGGCCUUAGUUGGAGCAAGUGGUUGCGGUAAAAGUACCAUCAUCCAGCUGUUGGAAAGAUAUUAUGAUCCUGACGAAGGCAUUGUGGCGCAAAACGGCAUUUCUCUACCGAAAUUAAAGCUCGCCGAUCUAAGACAAACUAUUGGAUUUGUACAACAAGAACCUGUCUUAUUUGAUCGCACGAUCGGAGAGAACAUUGCAUACGGUGACAAUUCCCGGAUCCCCAGUAUGGACGAAGUGAUAGAAGCUGCCAAACAAGCCAAUAUACACAAUUUCAUUGUGUCCCUCCCAGCGGGUUACGACACCAAUAUUGGUUCUAAAGGAACUCAACUAUCGGGCGGACAAAAACAAAGAGUAGCAAUCGCUAGAGCUUUGAUCCGCCGACCUAAGAUGCUUCUACUAGACGAAGCUACCAGUGCUCUAGAUACAGAAAGUGAAAAGGUGGUACAAGAGGCGCUGGACGCGGCGAAGGCGGGGCGCACGUGCGUGAUGAUCGCGCACCGGCUCAGCACCGUGCGCGACGCCGACCGCAUCUGCGUGCUGCACGCCGGCCGCGUCGCUGAGAGCGGCACGCACGACCGCCUGCUCGCGCUCAAGGGACUCUACUACAAUCUCAACCGGCGAGGUUAUGCUUGAUUGUUAUUCAAUCUUAGGUCAAUUUUUUAGAAUAGCAGUAACAUCCGCCUUUGAAUUGUUAAAUACAGAGUUGGAGGAAGUUAGUAAAUUGUUUUUAAUGAAUGCAUAGGUAGGACUGUGCAUGCAGAUAUUACCUACUUGUGCUGAUUGUAUUAUUGUCAUUCACAACUUUGAACUUAGUAAUAUUAUAAACUUUGUACUUAUUAAUAUAAUUAAGCAAUUUAUGUAACUUAUACAUAUUUUUUGAUAGCAAAAUUGUUUAAGUAAAAUCAUUUCUUAACUAUGAUUUUAGCUGACACCAUGCAAAACAAUAACUUGAUAGAUAAGUUUUUAUGAGUGAAGAAUGGGAUAGGCAGUUUCUCUUUUUUAUAUUUAUAGUAUUAAAUGCAAUUUAUAAAAAUUUGAGAGGCAAUGAAAACAUACUUUAGAGAUAUAAAAGUUAUACGAUUGACCCAGUAUUCAACAAAAAUUUAAUAUAUAGUGCCUUUUUAGAUAGUAACACAUUACUAUAUCUUUAAAUUACAUGUUUCCUUAUUUAAAUAAAAUUAAUUUAAAUAUAAGUGUAAAUAUAUAUAUUUUUUAUUAUGUACCAAAAAAUAUAUUAGU